CUCUUUUUCUAGUUCUUUCUCUCGUAUUUUCUUCCUUCCUUCCUUCCUUUUCUUCCUUCUUUCUUUCCCUCACUCUCUCGCUCUCAUUCUUGUUUUCUCUUUUUCUCUUUCAAGUGCUUUCUUUCCUUCCUUCCUUCCUUCUCUGGCUCUCUCCUUCUCCUUCUCGUUUUCUAUUUGUUUCUUGACUUCUUGACCUUCUCCUUCCUUUCUCCUUCUCUCUUUCUUUCUCCUGCUGCCUUCUUUUUUCCCUUUCGGUCUUUCCUCCCGACUUUCUUUCUUUCUUUCUCUCUCACAACCCACUCCUUCCUUCCUUCCUUUCCUUUCCUUUCCUUCCUUCCUUCGGAUGGCUUGAGGCCGGCGGCGGGGCGGGGGCAGCGGCGUGCCCGGGACGCUUCCCAGACUCGGGGAUCCCGCCGCCGAUCCGGGGGGCGGGCCCUGCAACCGGCGGCCUCAACAAUGGCGGAGGGGGCCCCGAGCCAGAAGACGACUCCCCUCUACCGGAGCGUCUCUUUCCAGCGACUGGCCAAGUGGACCGGGCCGGCCCAGCCCGACGGAGGAGGCGGAGGAGGAGGAGACCCUCGCGGGGAGCCGCCAACCCCGCCGCCUCGCCAGCCUCCCCCGCCCAGCGCGGAGCCCCCGCCGCCGCCGCCACCACCACCACCACCGGAGCCCAUCGGGCGGCGAUCGCCCGGCCGCGCCGCUUCCUUCAGCGUCUCCUCCCGCCCAGGAGCCGAGCCGGCCGGCCGCGCCCUGCGGAGCCUCUCGCCCUCCGUGCGCCAACUUUCCCAGCGCUUCUGCCCGCCCCGCGCCGCCGGCCCCGAAGACCAGCCUCCCGCGGCUCCGGCCGGCCGCGGAAGAGCCACCUGCGCCCGCCCCGCCGCCGCCGCCCAGAAGGAGCUCGGGGGCUCCGAGCCUGGCGGGCCGCCCCCGGCCGAGCAACCCCCGGCCCCGCCGCCCCGCAGCAGCUCCGCCGCCUCCUCCUCCUCCUCCUCCUCCAGCUGCUGCAAAGGGCCGGGCGAGGCGCCGGCGCCGGACUGGCCCAGCGUGACGGCGAUGCGCAAACUUUUCGGCGAAAGUUUUCGGCGGCAGCAACAACAGCAGCAGCAACUCCAGGCGGCCGAGCGAGGACGGGACGGCGCCGGCCCGCGGAACAAAACGGGCCCGCCGUCGGGCUCCGACCACCACCCGGGGGCUCCGCUGCUGCUUCCCGACGGCGGCCCGGCUCUUGACGGGCCCUGCUGGGUGGAAGGGCGGCGGGGGGGGCCUCCGCCGCCGCCGCCGCCCCGUAGCUGCAUCCCUUUCGCGGGACUCCGGGCGCCUCGGGGCCCCCCAGGCCCGUCGGAGAGGCCGCCGCCGCCGCCGCCGCCUCAGCUGUGGGAUACUUCGCAUUCCUGGCAUACUUCGGCCUCGCCGGCUCCCGCCGCUGCAGCCGCCUCACCGGCCCCCUGCCCGGCCUGGGGCGGCUGGGUCCCCCCGGAGGUCUCCAGCAGCAGCGAGGACGAGUUGAGGCCUUUGCCGGGCGGGAAGAGCCCCCCAAGGCCUUCCUCAGGCAGUGAGGAAGAGGAGGAGGCAGGCCCAACGGUGCCCCAUAGACGCUGCCUUGGGAGGAAGAAGAGGGAAACUGAGGCCCAGGAGGAGGCCCGGGUGGUGGCCGGCAUGGAGUGGCACCUCAAGGCCCAGCUGGACCUUUCUGGGGGUCUCCUGCCCCCCCAGGAGGAGGAGAGGACUACCCCAGCUCCAGAAGCCAAAGGGACCCCCAUUGCUGAGGGACCCAGGCUGCUUUUGGGGGUCCCUCCUGAGGGCGGUAGGCCCUUCCAGGGCACCCCCACCCCCCUUUCCUCGGGGCCUCCCCUGCCUCUGGUGUCUCGAGUCUCCAAAGUCAACAUCCCCCCUUUUGCGUCCAGCCCGGCCGGCUCCCGAAGUAGCAGCAGAUACUCCAGUACGGAGACCUUGAAGGAGGACGACCAACCGGGGGUCUCCUGGGCCGUCCCAAGCAAGCUGGGUCUCGGCUUGGGUCGGGCCCCCAGUUUCAACCCGAGCGACAGCCUUGCCAGGUUGCAGCCCUCCAUCCGGGCCCGUCCCAAGCUGCCGUUGGGCUUGGGGAGGUCCAAGCAGGAGUUGUCCUCCUUUGAGAGUUUGUUGCCUUGUGGCCUUGAAACCGCGUCCCGAUCCAAGCACCAGAAGUCCAUGUCCAAUCCGGACAUUGCCAGUGAGACCUUGGCCCUCCUCAGUUUCUUGAAAUCGGACCUGUCGGAGCUGAAGGCCAAGAAAAGGGCCGGCAGGUUGGGUGACCAAGAAGACGUGGCCUUCGGUGGCAACGGUGAAGGUGUCGGCAAAUACGAAUGCUAUCCCCAAGGAGAAAGCGAGCACCAGUUGGUGGGGAGGUCCCAAGAUGAGGUUCAGCCCCCGAACCGUUGGGUCUUGGGCCACCGUCCAACCCUGAAGGACCUGACGGCGACUCUGAGACGGGCCAAAUCCUUCACUUACUCAGAUAAACCAGCCUCCCGCCGCCUUUGUCUGCAGAAUGUCAUGAAGUCCAGCUCUUCGGAGCUUCUGCUGGCCACUCGAUUCGACCACAAUGGUGUGGUUCCCGACAGCCGAGACCGGGAGGAGGAGGAGGUGCUCCCUGUAAUCAUUCAAGAUCAGUACAUCCAAGAAGCCAGGCAGGUUUUCGAGAAGAUAAGUAAGAUUGGCUCCGAACAUGACUAUAAUUUCGCUUUGGAGUCCAAAGAAAGGGGGAAGGACAAAACGGAGGAGAGAGAAACUCCGGGAAAGGAAGGCCCAAAAGAAGAAAGCUGUGGUCAGUGCUUGGAGAAAGUGGAUUCCAAAGGAAACUUAUCCUGCAGGGAAUCUUUAGAAGAAGGUCUUGAAUCCAGUAUGACCGAUGAAGGGAUCGUGACCGAACCAGAGACAGCUCCUGCCUACAGUUAUCUUGAUCCCUCCGUUGCUGCGUGGAAGUUGGCCAACCGAAGAGGAACGGAAGCCGGUGAGAGGAAAGAAAAACUUCUCCCAAACCUUCUAACCAAAGGGAACGAGAAUAUGUCCGUUGUGGAUGAGGGGCUCCCCAAUCACAAGAUGGCCUCCCAGGGCUUGUCGGAGACCCCUCUGACACCCAGCGCCCUUCGGCGCCGGAGGAAGUUCCCAUCCUUGGGAAACAAUGGGUCCGAAUCCAGCAACGGAAGCAGCGGAGAAUCGGCUGGCGAUUCCUACAGGUCUCUCAGCGACCCCAUGCCCCACAGGAGGUGCUCCAUCACAGAGGACUCCAAGAACUUCUCCGUGGAUAGCAACCUUCUGGGUUCGUUAAAUUCGAAGCCCAGCAUCUUAGAUGCUUCGGCCGCCGCUUUGUCAGACUGCACGGGAAGCGCAGCCAGCGAUCUCUCCGUCUGCAGCGACGGCCUGAAGGAUUAUAACACCGUGAUCCAAAACAUCGUCAGCCAGCCCGGGGCCAUGGACAAAGUGAUUGACGAGAAGGGGAACGGGAAGCCCAUCAAGAAGAAGUCCUUCAGCGACCCCAGCCGCCGUGGCGAGCAUGCCAGCCCGGGCUUCAUGGGCGCCGGAGAACCCAUCAACGAGAUGGACCUGAACAUCCUUCCGUCCAGCAGCGAACCCAUCCUUUCGGAGCAGAGGGGCCCGUCCGCGGAGCAGGAAGUGCGCAGGUUGUCCUCCCAGUCGGAGCAGAUCCUGCCGAUGCCACCAGAAGACGAUGAGGCCCCUCAAAGCUUUAGCUUCGAUCCCAAGCUGGCCGAAGUCUUAUCCCCGAGGGUAGUUCGGCGAAGUUCCAAAAAGCGCAGCGACCGAGCAAAUAACCAGGAGAGCGGAAAGGACGAGAUGGCACUGUCUCCCGCCGUGCCCACCACGCUGGGCAGAGCGAGGCCAGCCUCCAAGCACGUGCGCCACACCAGUGAGCCCGCCACCUUCCUCCCCGUCUCCGAUGCCCACCUGCCCAUUUCGCUGUACCAGAAUGCCCAUCCUACCAUCCAGGAGCUUCCGCACCUGCCUGCCAAACCUUCUGCAGCUCUCCAGGUUCCAUCCUUAGAGGAUGUUACCAAGCAUUACAUGUUGACUCUUAGUUCUGGGGAGCCCCUCCCCAACAACACUGUGGAUGCCCCCAGAUCGUCGCCUUCCACCCCAACCUCAACGGAACCCAAGCUGCCCAGAUGCCCGAAACACCAUGGCGAAGUCCAUGCCAGCAGCUCCAGGACCAAGCCACAGGUGGAUAUGCGGAAACAUGUCACCAUGACCCUGUUGGACACGGAGCAGUCCUACGUGGAGUCCCUUCGUACCUUGAUGCAGGGUUAUAUGAAGCCCCUGAAACAGCCGGAAAAUUCCACCCUCUGCGACCCCUCGUUGGUGGACGAGAUCUUCGAUCAGAUUCCCGAGUUACUGGAACAUCACGAGGAGUUCCUGGAGGAGAUCUCCGAAUGUGUCCAGAACUGGCACGAGAAACAGAAAGUGGGGGAGAUCCUGGUACAGUCUUUUUCCAAAGACAUCUUGGUGCAUAUUUAUUCUGCCUACAUCGAUAAUUUUCUAAAUGCCAAAGAUGCCAUAAGGAUUGCCAAGGAAGCCCGACCAGCGUUUAUGAAAUUUCUGGCGCAAAGCAUGAGAGAAAACAAAGAGAAACAGGCCCUCUCGGAUCUCUUGAUCAAACCAGUCCAACGGAUUCCACGCUACGAACUUCUGGUCAAAGACCUUCUCAAACAUACUUCAGAGGAGCAUCCGGACUACCCAUUCUUAAUAGAAGCCCAGAAGAGCAUCAAGCAGGUAGCCGAGAAGAUCAACAAAGGGAUGAAGAGCGCAGAAGAGGUGGAGAGGAACGCCCGGAUAGUCCAGGAGAUCGAAUCCCACAUCGAAGGGAUGGAAGACCUUCAGGCUCCGCUUCGGAGGUUCUUACGGCAGGAGAUGGUGGUGGAAGUGAAGCCGGUGGGUGGGAAGAAGGACCGGUCGCUGUUCCUCUUCACGGACUUGCUGGUUUGCACUACGCUGAAGCGCAAGUCGGGAUCUCUGCGACGGAGUUCCAUGAGUCUCUACACGGCAGCUAGCGUGAUCGAUACUGCCAGCAAGUACAAACUGCUCUGGAAAAUGCCUCUGGAGGACGUAGAGAUCGUGAAAGGGAGCUGUCAGUCCAGCAACCGUGACAGCAUCCAGAAAGCCAUCGGUCGCUUGGACGAAGACCUCAGCACGCUUGGCCAAGUCAGCAAACUCUCAGAGACCCUCAGUUUCCCCCACCAGACCCUGGAUGACGUCAUCAAGGAUUUAAUGGCCGCCAUCCACCGGGAACUAACCGAAAAGCAGUCCAUGUCCUUCAGCCUUUCCUUCCCCCCCAACAAAAUGGAACUCACCGUGACCAAAUCCGACAGCACCGAUUCUCACAUUUUUGAAUUUCCCAACCCGGACGCACGGCACAGUUUUGAACAGGGUUUCGAGGACGCCAAGAGGAAGCUAGCUUCUAACAAAAACUGUCUGGACCCUGAGUUCCUGAAGGCUAUUCCCAUUAUGAAAACACGGAGUGGGAUGCAAUUCUCCUGCGCCUCCCCCAGCCCCAGCAACCUGGAGAACGCCUACGAGGUCUGGGUCUGCAACAGCGACGGUUACGUGGGUCAAGUGUGUCUGCUGAGCAUCAGGAAGGAGCCCAUCGUGGAGGCCUGCAUCGCCGUCUGCUCCGCCCGGAUCCUGUGCAUCGCCUCCGUGCCUGGUCUCAAGAGGACCUACAGGGAACGUCCAGUCUCUCUGGCCAGCCCAGCCUCGGAGCCAGCAAAUCCCACCCUGGAUGAGACAGCACCUCAACCAUGUUUGCACAUCUCCAUUUCUGGUUCUUCUCUGGAGAUCUCGGAGCCGAUGGACACCACCGGCCGGGAACUCGUCCCGUUUGACAGUGACGAUACCGACGACGAGUCGUCACCAAGUCCCUCCGGUACACUUCAAAGCCAUUCCACCAUCUCCAGUUUUACAAAUGAGGAGAUCCCCAGUUCCAAAGACGUGACAGCGGAGACCACCAGCUCGGAAGAGGAGCAGGAUCCCAGCGGCUUCCUUCCGAUCGGUCGCCCCUUUGCCCAGAACCAGAUUGUCGAAAGCCCCAUGGAUGGCCGAGCUAUGAGACGCUCCAGUCAAGGGUCCUUCACCAGGGCCAGCUUGGAAGACCUGCUGAGCGUGGAUCCGGAGGCCUAUCAAAGCUCCAUGUGGCUGGGCACAGAGGAUGGUUGCAUCCACGUCUAUCAGUCUUCCGACAACAUUCGCAACAGGAAGAACAGCCUGAAAAUGCAGCACUCGGCCUCUGUCACGUGCAUUCUGUAUCUGGAUAACCAGGUGUUCGUGUCUCUGGCCAACGGAGAACUGGUCGCCUAUCAGAGGGAAGCAGGACGUUUUUGGGACUCUCAGAACUCCAAAUCUCUCUUGUUGGGCUCUCCGGGCAACCCCGUAACCAAGAUGGUGGCCGUGGGAGGGAAGCUCUGGUGUGGAUGCCAGAACCGAAUCGUUAUCCUCAAGACUUCUACGCUGCUUCAGGAGCACACGUUCCUGGUUGGCCAAGACAGCAACCGCAGUGUGACCUGUUUAGUGACCUCCAGCGUCGGGAUUUGGGUGAGCCUCCAGGGCAGUGCCCAGGUCAGGCUUUAUCAUCCCGCCAGCUACGACCAGUUGGCUGAAGUGGACGUCACCCCUCCGGUCCACAAGAUGCUGGCAGGAUCAGACGCCAUCAUCCGACAACACAAGGCGGCUUGUUUGCGGAUCACCUCCCUCUUGGCCUGCAAAGACCUCCUCUGGAUCGGCACCAGCGCAGGGGUCGUGCUGACCCUUCCCAUCGCAGGCAACCCGGCUGUGCUGAAGAUCCCGCCUCUCCCGGUGGGACUUUCCCAAGGCCACACCGGUCACGUCCGAUUCCUCACGUCGGUCGAGCUGCCCGAAGGUUUUAACGUCCUGUUUCCCCUGCCAGGAGAACCAGGUACAGACAAAUCCAGCGAGUUGGACAAACGGGAUUCGACGCGACACCGGUCGUCCAAAUCCAAAAUGCUCGUGGUCAGCGGUGGCGACGGUUACGAGGACUUCAGACUCACCAACAGCAGUGAGACCGUGGGCCGGGACGACAGCACAAACCACCUCCUUCUCUGGAGAGUCUGAUGUGGGUCGGAACGCCCGCUCCCCCCGUUCGGGGUAGGCCGGGGCAGAGAGCGAGAAAGAGAGAGAGAAAGAGAGAGAGAGAGAGAUCCGAACUCCCGUCCUCGCCGUUCACACCUGAACGGGGACUCCUUUAGCUGUGCGUCGCCCUCCCUCUCGAUUGUCACCCGGAGGGAGCCGUGCCUUGAGGAGAAUUGUUGCCGAUCCCCGCCUACCGACCCCCUUAGAACGCACACCCAUCCUGCGCACACCUCGCGCUUACCGCUGUCUCUUUUAAGUGUAACGGGAAGGCACACGCACACUUGUGCGUGCGAGAGGCUGGAGGAAGGCCCGAGGGGGGCCACGCUGUUACGCUGGGACGGCCGAAAGAAAGGGAUAGUCGGUGGAAACGAUUUGGUGAGAUUGUCCCCGGCACGACCCACCGAGGGAUUGGAUCUUGCGCCGAUGAAGGUCUUUGAAGCGAUCUCAGGAGAUCUAGACCGCAUCCAGAAAUCUACGCUCCAUCCAGAGUUCGAUUCGCCCACAUGCUUUUCAAAAAAAAAAAAGGAGGUUCAAAACCCGCAAAUCCACCCGUCACCUCCCGACACUUCGCAGGCUCGGUAUCUUCCGAUCACUCCGUUUCACCGUUUGAACGCUACCGGCAGGGUUGGGGGGUGGGGAAUUCCUUUUCCUCGGCCACCAGGGUACCGAUAACUCGAGGGGGCUCUUUCGCUUGCACACGGGUACGCGUGUGUCUUUUAUUUUUUUCCAAGUGUAUGUAUAAAUAAUCUUUUAUUUAUUGUUGAUCGGAGCAAAUAGGAGCUGUUUGGGGGCCACGGGAUUUGAAACUGUGUACGGAACGGCGGAUGCUUAACGGCCGUUUCCUCGUCUCGUCCGAAGACGGUCCGAAUGAUGAUGGCGGAAAAUGUCCUCGCUCUACGGCAACGGCAGAGGUUGCCUUGGUGUGUACAGGAGGUUACGGCCUGUUGUAAUGGAGUCAUUCCAGAGUAGCUGAAGUGUGUAUGUUUGUGUGUGUGUGUGUGUGUGGUUGUUUAUAAAGGGCUGGUUGGGACAAAGAAAUUGUGGGGAGGGGAGACAGUUAACGAGGGUUUCGAAAAGUGUUUUUAACCUGGGCAAUUUUAAAACGGGUGGACUUCAACUCCCAGAAUUCCCUGGCCACCUGGGGAAUUCUGGGAGUGGCAGUCAGAAUAAAAGAAUAACAAAGAGUUGGAAGGGACCUUUGAGGUCUUCUAGUCCAGGGAUCUCCAACCUUGACAACUUUAAGCCUGGGAGGACUUCAACUCCCAGAAUCCCCCAGCCAGCAAAGCUGGCUGGGGAAUUCUGGGAGUUGAAGUCCUCCAGGCUUAAAGUUGCCGAGGUUGGAGACUCCUGUUCUAGUCCAACCACAGUUCAUUUAGUGACCACUCAAAGUCACAGCGGCACUGAAAAAAGUGACUUUACGACCGUUUUUCACAGUUACGACCUUUUGCGGCAUUCCCAUAAUCAUGUGAUCAAAAUUCAGACAUCGGUUCAUUUUAUGACCAUUGCUGUGUCCCGGAGUUACGUGUCUCCCUUUUGCGACCUUCUCAGGAGCCCAGUCCACGGGGAAACCAUAUUCACUUAACAAUGGCAGUGUUUCCCUUAACAACUGAGCCCCCCCACCACCACCAAAAAAAGGUCGUAAAAUGGGGCAAACCUCACUUAAGAACAGAACCUUCGGGCUCCCUUGCGGUCGUACGUCGAGGACUGCCUGUACCAUUUCAGGCAGAAAGGGUUAUCUCAUCUUUUCUUAAAAACUGUUGGAGCACCCACAACUUCUGGAUUUAACACCACACUACACACACUAGCUGGGGAAUUCUGGGAGUUGAAGUCCCCACCCGUCUUUAAAAUUGCCCAGGUUGAGUAGAACCGAUGCAGCGUUGCAAUCCAAAGCAGACCGUCCUUGCACAGACCCACCAAAUCCUCAACCACUGCAUUUUCCUUGGGGCUUUCUCACCGUGGCAUCCCGGAGGAAGAAGUGGGGGCGCCCCCCCGAAAACGAGAGGUUUACAGCCCCACCCCACCCCACCCCAACCUGGUACCUUGUACAGUAUUUAUAUUUUGUGUAUUUUUUUUUUUAAAUGCCAGCUCUUCACUGUUUGCAGUAGGGGACGAAGAGGCGUGGAAAGCUUAGCAGCACUUAAUUUGCAGGCGGCUUUUUUUUUUAGGAACAUCGAGC